UAGAGUGAAACUGUCUAUCCAACUUCUCCUGGUUUCAGUUGAGGAGUCUGAAUUGUGGGUAUUGUAGUUCUCUUGCCUUUUGGAGUUCCUGGUUUAGAAGUCUUAGAGGAAUGCUGGGAGGACUUCCAUUCCCAGGUGCCUUAGCCAGUCGCAGUUUAAGUGAGACAGAAAGAACAAUACAUGCUUAAAAAUAACUUUUGAUGUUGGUAGAGUGACUGUCAUCCACUAAAAUAAUGUUUCUGGAUUGAAGCAGCUGUAUAUUUCCACAAUUGUAAGAAUUCCAAGAAGAAGGUCUGAAGGAAAUUUGACUGGUAUGGAAGACAAUAAAUCCUCCAGAAAUUGCAAUAUUACAGACCCAGAUUUGUUUCUCAACUGUCCAGAUGCUUUCAAACUACAUGACAAUACUUCCAAGGCUACAAAUCCAUUCUGGAAUGAACUAUCUGCUUCUAAUCCAUUUUUGGAUGAAAUAACUCAGCUACGAAAUAACAAGAAGAAAACUAAUACCUCCAUCUUGAAGGAAGACCCUUAUCUUUUUUAUAGAGAAAUAGAAACAGAAAAUUCUUUUGAUUCCUCUGGUGAUGAACUUGAUGUGCAUCAAUUGCUUAGGCAACCUUCCUCAGGGAAAUCUGGAAAAUCUAAAAGUGUUUCAGAACUUUUGGAUAUUUUAGAUGACACAACACAUUCCCUUCGGAAUAUGCAUAACUCUGAUCAGAUCUUAGAACAAGACCUAGAAUGGCUUCAAAAUGAUCGAGAGGCUUAUAAAAUGGCUUGGCUAAGUCAACGUCAGCUUGCUCGCUCCUGCCUGGAUUUGAAUACAGUUAAUCAGAGUCCUGGAUGGGCUCAAACACAAGUUGCUGAGACUCCUAUAGUUUGUAGAUUAAACCAUCAAGGAGGUUCAGUACAAUUACCUGAAUCAGGUAUCAGUAUUCACGUACCCCAAGGGCACGUGACAGUGGGAGAAUUCCAAGAAGUGUCUCUAAGGGCUUUUCUUGAUCCUCCACAAAUGCUUAACCAUGAUCUUUCAUGCACGGUAAGCCCACUCCUUGAAAUCAUGUUAAGCAAUCUCAAAACAAUGGAAGGAAUAUUGCUGGAGAUGAAAAUUGGGGCUGAAGUAAGAAAGGACCCUUUCAGUCAAGUCAUGACAGAAAUGGUGUGUUUACACAGCAUGGGUAAAGAUGGCCCUUUCAAAGUGUUAACCAAUUGUUACUUUUAUAAAGACAUCAUUCAAAUUAAACUAAUAGAUUUGAGUCAGGUGAUGUAUUUGGUGGUUGCUGCACAAGCUAAAGCUAUUCAGACACCAGCUGCAACCAUUUGGGAUUAUAUUCACAAAACCACUUCCAUUGGAAUUUAUGGGCCUAAAUAUAUCCACCCCAGUUUCACUAUUAUUGUCACAGUUUGUGGACACAGUUAUAUGCCAGGUAAACUUACAAUCUCUGAUAUUAAGAAAGGCAGGAAAAACACAUCCCCUGUUGUGUUUCAACUUUGGGGGAAGCAUUCAUUCUUACUAGACAGGCCACAAAAUUUAAAUAUUUCUGCAUAUUCAUGUGAUCCUGAUUUUGAAGUAAAGACAAAGGAAGAAAGACAAGAAAUUAAACAAAAGCAGCUGCAAGCAGGCCAAGUAGUUCACCAAAAAAUUUUAUUUUCUUUAGUUGAUUCCAGAGAAAUGCACUUGUUUGUUUUUUGUAUUCAGGUGGAUAUCUCCAGUGGUAGACCACCCAUCCAGUUUUGUAUUACUAGCCCUGAUCCAGCCCCAAACCUAAGGCUGUCAAGUCUUCCAGGGAAUUCCCAGGAGAAGGAAAUCAAGUCUGUUCCUUUAUUACCAACAGUGCAUGUUAAAUAUCCCACAUUUCAGGACAAAAACUUGAACUUUACAACUUAUGGGGUAACUUUGAAGACAGUGCUAAGGCAAAGCAAGAUUGACUAUUUACUUGAGUAUUUCAAAGGGGACACGGUAGCUCUUCUUGGAGAAGAUAAAGUAAAAGCCAUAGGACAUUCCAAGGUGAAAGAAUGGUAUGUGGGAGUGCUGAGAGGUAAGAUUGGACUUGUACAUUGCAAAAAUGUUAAGGUGAUUACAAAGAAAAAAGGAAUGUCUAUGUCACAUAGUAUCUUUACAACUAGGCAUCUUCUUGAACAGAUAGCCUUACCCUUAAAAAAACUGACUUACAUCUAUUCAGUUGUACUGACUUUGGUGUCAGAAAAGGUUUAUGAUUGGAAAGUUUUAGCUGAUGUCUUGGGCUUCUCACAUUUGGCCCCAGAAGAUUUUGACCAAAUCCGGGCAGACAAAGAAUCAGAAAAAGUUUCAUACGUUGUAAAGAAGUUAAAAGAAGAUUGCCAUGCAGAUAGAAGUACCAAGAAGUUUUUCUAUGAACUUAUUGUGGCUCUGCUGAAAAUGGAUUGUCAAGGUUUAGUAGCACAUCUCAUCCAGGAAGCUGCUAUUCUGACAUCAGCUGUCAAACUUGGAAAAGGCUGGAGGGAACUAGCUGAAAAGCUAGUAAGACUCACAAAACAACAAAUGGAAGCAUAUGAAACUCCUCACCAAGGAAAAACUGGAUAUGUUUCUGAUGAGAUGAUGUGGAAACCUGCCUAUGACUUUCUUUAUACUUGGGGUGCUCACUAUGGAAAUAGCUAUAGAGACGUGUUACAAGACCUUCAAUCAGCUUUGGACAGAAUGAAAAAUCCAGUGACGAAACAAUGGCGGGACUUAACUGGAGUUUUAAUACUAAUAAAUUCUUUAGAGAUUUUGAGAGCAACUGCAUUUUCCUUUUCUGAAGAAGUAUAGAGAUGAAGGUAUAUUUCUUGGAGGAGGUGACUAGGAAGGGGAGAAUGGAGUAGUGUAUAUGUGUGUAUGAACUCAUUUUUUUCUUGUUUGCAAAAAAUGUUUUUCUUAAUAAAAAUACAAUCUUAUACCAAAUACAAGAUUAGUUUUAUGACCAAGCACAUAUUCUAGUAUACAUUUAAAAUGUAUAUAAUGGAGUGUUUUGUUGUUGAAAAAAAGAAAGUGAAGCCAUUUCAAAGUGUCUAUUAACUUCUUAAAUUGAAACAAAAUGACUGCUGGAAUAAUUGCAUCACACAGAUAAAAAGAUAAAGUGUUUUUAAUAAGAACAUAAGAGUUUUGCCAGUGGAACGUAGGAAGAGAAAAAUUAGCAUGUUCUCUGUGUUCCUGCAUAGGACUAUAAGUGAUAUGCGCCUAAUCUUAUUUUUAUUCCUCAAUGGAGUUUGCCAAUUUUAUUCUCUUUUCUUUUCCAUGUAAAGAAACUAAGCUCAGGAUAUGUUGCUAUGUGACUAUGUAAAGUAGUUUUUUUUUCCUGAAAAGUUUAGUUCUUUUUAGACACACACACACACACACACCUUGCCACAUAGCAAAAUAGAAAAAACAUGCCAAAACAUAGAGAAGUCAUAGCUUUGUCAUUUUAAUUAAAUUUCACUGCUGUUUUAUACCAUAUCUUGAUAAACUGAAAAAAUUAUCAUUGGUAAAUAUGUUGCCUGCAUACAUAGAUGACAUAUUUAACACUUUUUUUUAGCCUCUUGGGACAUUUCAAGUCCCCUCCACCAAGAAACCCCCCCAAACAAAAACAAACAACAAAACAUUGCUCAGUUAUGAUUUAUGGUGGUGCCAGUGAUUGAAGUUGUGACUAUGAAGUCUUAGGCAUGAGUCUUUUAUUCAACAACUAUGCUAUCUCCCUGGCCCACUUUGACUUUAAGAUCAUAGUGAACACCACUUUUCUUUUCUUCUUCCUCUUUGUUUUGUUUAUUGUUUAAAUCACUGUAUACAUUUCAGGAGUACUGUUUCAUUCUUCUUCAUUUGUGAGUUGUCAUCCCAUUCCCUACAAUUGCUGAAGUUCCUCCACCACAAUCUACUAGAUCCCCCUCAUUCUUGUGCCUUCAAUAUCCUCCUCUACUAGCAACCAUGGUUCAUGUCAGGCAAUUCUUUAUUCUCAGGUAUUUUUAAUAACAAGGGUGAUUUUUAAUUAUCCAGUUUAUUGUAGCUAAACACAACAUUUUUAACCUCCAAAACCACAUGUCUCUGUAUGGCUAUAUACAUAUGCUACUGAAGACAUAUGUGUGUGCGUGCACCAAAGUGUUUUUAUAAAACUUUAGGUAAACAGAGUGUAAAUACAGAAUGAGGCUAAUAUAAAUAAUAACUGUUGGUUGACAAUAUUACAAAGGUAUGGUCUAUACUUACUCAUAUGGUUAACCCUCUGGAUGUUUGUGUUUAUGUGUUUUUUGUAAUAAUUUAUUUAUUGUCUUUCAGUCAACAGAAAGUAUGUGUACCUACUC